AUGGAGAGAAAGAAUGUAACAGUGCCAACUAAUUUCAUUCUGAGUGUAGUCUCCAACUUCCCCAGCCUACAGCUCCCCCUCUAUUGGAUCUUCCUCAUCGUCUAUGCUCUCACAGUGGUAGGCAACCUGGGCAUGAUCAUUCUGACCAAGCUGGAUUCCCACUUACACACAGCCAUGUAUUUUUUUAUCAGACAACUGGCUUACAUUGACCUUGGUGAUGCCACUGUCAUCUAUCCCAAAAUGCUGCUAAAUUUUGUUAUGGGUCAAAAUACCAUUUCCUAUUAUGCUUGUGCCACCCAGAUGACCUUCUUUGUCACAUUCAUUAUCAGUGAACUUUUCAUCUUGUCAGCCAUGGCCUAUGACCGCUACGUGGCCAUCUGCAACCCUCUGCUCUACAGCGUCAUCAUGUCCCAGACACGUUGCCAUGUGCUGGUGGUCAUUCCGUACCUCUACAGCAGCUUUGUUGCUCUGCUGAUCACUAUUAAGACUUUCAUAUCUACUUUCUGUAGCUCUCAGGUCAAUCACUUCUACUGUGAUGAUGUUCCUUUAUCACUUAUGCUGUGCUCAAAUGGACGAAAUAUAGCCUUGAUGAUCAACCUAUUUGCAGGUUUUAAUGUGACAUCCUCCUUCCUGGUCGUACUAUUAUCUUACCUUAUGAUUCUCUUAGCUGUAUGUCGAAUGCAUUCUGCAGAAGGAAAAAAAAAAGCUUUCUCUACAUGUACUUCUCACCUGACCAUGGUGGUAGUCUUCUACGGGACUCUUUUCUUCAUGUAUGUGCAGCCCAAAUCUGCUCAGUCCUCUGAUAUUGAUAAACUUUCCUCUGUCUUCUACACAUUAGUGAUCCCCAUGCUAAACCCAUUGAUCUACAGCUUUAGGAACAAAGAAGUUAAAAAUGCCUUCUACAGGGUCUUCAAGAAUAAAUUUAAAGUCUGUACUUAG